GAGUUUAGUCUAGAAUCAAACUUGAAAUUUAAGACUUUUGAAAGUCUGGUCUAUUUGUAGAGUAGUGACAAAAGGUUUGGAUUUUAGUGCUGUAUAUUAUUAAAGGACCCAACAUGAACUGGCUAAAUCUAGGGUUAGUUUGUUUGCUGAUUGCUAGAAACUGUUUGGCACAACAAGGAUAUAACUACCCCACCCCCCAAACACCCUUCGGUGGAGGUCAACAGCAACCAGGCCAAGGAAACUUCCCUACAGGUACCUCACCAAGCACAGACGGAUUUCAAGCACCAGGAGGCUACGUAGGUACAACUCCAACUUUUCCCAAGCCUGGAGGCUUUUCUACUACAUCGUCUCCAAUCGGUGGAGGAUAUCCCGAACAAAGUCCUGGCGGAUUUUCCCAACGACCAACAGGAGGCGGACAGCAAGGAGCUUUUCCUAGUGUCGAAUCUACAGGGUAUCCUGCUGCUGGUAGACCAAGUGGUCCGGCAUUCCCUCAAAGACCUACCGCUACUAGACUGGAAGGUUUUCAAAGACCUCCUUCAACACCCUUUACAACUGAAUCACAACCUGGACAAGGUGUAUCCAAUACUCAAUCUGCAGCUCAAGGACCUACUGGAUAUCCAUCUGCUGGCAGGCCAUCAGGACCACAGUUUUCCUCCACAGGAUCGCAGCAAGGUGGAUUUUCAUCUCAAGGACAGCAGAGACCACAGGGAGGUACUACUGGCGGGUAUCCUCAAGCAGGACGACCCAGUGGUUCCGGAUUUCAGCCAGGACAAGCGCCUGGAUUUGCAUCUACUCCCGGGAAUCAAGGAGGUUUCCCUCAGUCAUCAAGGCCCGGCCAGGCAAGUCAGCCUUCUUCCUCUCCAGGUUUUUCAUCAACUACAGCAGGUCAAGAAGGAUAUCCACAGAGAGGAAGGCCCACUGGACCAGGAUUUGGAGCUGGACAGCCAUCAAGUGGUUUUCCUUCAGGUCCUAGCUCAAGGCCACAAAAAGGAUACCCUGGUACGCAAAGGCCAGGCAGUCAAGGUUAUCCUAGCCAAGGAAGCUUCCCUGGUCAACAAACAGGUUCAGGAGGAUUUUCCGAUGGGCAACGUUUACCUCAAGGACAGCAACUUAAUGGACAAGGCGGACUUACACCUGAGCAAUUUUCUGGAGAUCAGCAGCAGGGGGGAGAAGGAGGUUUUGGGCAACCACAAGAAGAUGAAGGAGAUUAUUCUGCAAUUCCCGGUGAACCAGAUGUUGAUUAUCCAAUUUUAUCUUCUGUGCCAGAGACGUCUUUUAGCUGUGACCAGCAACAAUAUCCUGGAUAUUAUGCUGAUGUAGAAACUAGAUGUCAAGUAUUCCACAUCUGCUCCAAUAAUAAAACUUACGACUUUCUAUGCCCAAACGGCACUAUUUUCCAUCAAGAAUAUCUGGUUUGCGUCUGGUGGAAUCAAUUUGACUGCAAUUCGGCGCCGUCUUUCUUUGGAAUAAACGCCAAUAUAUAUGACUAUUCAAUAACUGGAGCUCAGCAACAGACAGGAGCUAUACCUGCAGGCCCUGGAUUUGAAGGACAAGGACAAUUCGGCACUGAAAAUCAACAAGGAGGAUAUCAAGGUAACGGACCGCAAAUAUCUGGUGGAAUAGGUUCCGAAGGUGGUGCAACAGGAUAUCCAUCAGGCAGGCCAAGUGCAGGCGUUUCACAGCCCAAUCAAUUUACAGGACAGCCACAAAGGCCUGACGGAACAGCAGCAACAGGUUAUCAAUCAAGUGGUCCUGGAGCUGGUUAUCCAUCUGGCAGUACAACAUCAGAGCAAGGAGGUUCAACUUUUAACCAAGGAUACCCCUCAGGAAGACCAUCCUCAAGACCUCAAGGGCCACAAGGACCAUCUGCUACUUCACAAGCUCCAACCUUUGGACAGCCUGGCUACCCAUCCUCUGGUCGACCACAAGGUCCUUCUUUUUCGGGUAGUGGACCCCAAGGACCGACUGGUGGUCCAGGAAGUUCAUUUAGACCAUUAGGAGGUGCUCCCGCUGGGCAACCGACUCAAGGACCUGGAUAUUUACCACCUCGUUCGGGAGGAUCACAACCUUCUGAUGGUAGUUACCCAGGAAGUCCGCAAACGGGAGGUGGAUAUCCUUCCUCAGGAGUAAGACAAGGGUAUCCUGGAUCUCAAACACCUUCAGGUGCUAAGCAGCUCGGUUCAGGUUUUCCAGCAAGUCCACAACCCAAUGGAUAUCCUGGUGGGUCAACUAAUGGAUUUUCUGGAAGUGAACAAUCUGAUGGAGGAUAUCCUGCCGGUCAAAAGCCGUCCGGGAGAACACAGGGAGGUGUUGGGCAACCUACAAGAGAAUAUCUACCUCCGCUGAGAAGGUAAUUCACUGUUGGCUUUGGAUCUGGUAUGGUUUGAGAAAAUACUUUUAUUAUAUGAAAAUAUUGAUAUCAAGUCACAGCUUAGGAAUAUUUUAAAAUAGAUAAAGGUGCCAGUGCUGUAAUGGUAAAUCACAAAAUUUUAAUGGUAUAGAUUAGCUAAUGGUAUAUCUUUAGUAAGUGUUUUUUUAAUUAUAACAUAUACUAUUACUGUUCCUUAAUUUCUAACUCUGAAUCUAUAUGUUCUUAAAGGUAUUAAUGUAGCGCUGUAAAUAUCAAAUUAAAUAUAGUUUUAUCAUAGGUUAAGAAUAUAACUUCAUUGCUACCUUAAAUAUAUCGCUUAAAUAGUAAUAAAAUUAAUUCUUUAAAGUUUAAAAUGUAUAUUUAAAUUACAAUAGUUACCCAUUUGUACCAUAAAAAUUA